UAUUGUUUUGUAUCUAAACGUUUGAUCAUAUUUUUAAGGGCACUGCCUUAAUCCAUGUAAUGUAUUCAUUACUAACAUCUGGAAAGGGCAUCGGUAUAGAUUAUCUGGUCUAGUAUUGAACUACGGGACCCAAAGGACGAAUUUACCUUUAACAGAUUUCUGUUCAGAUACAUAUGAUGUCGACAAUAUUUACUCUAGAUAUAUGUCUGUAGAAUGUAAAGAUUGGAAAUAUGAUUAUUCUAGUGUUCUCUGCAAAUAUGAAAGUGAUUGUGGGGAGAAUGCUGAAUGUAUCUCACAUGGUGCAAUUGGUAUCUGUCACUGCAAGCCAUACCAUAUCAGGAUCAGUGGUUAUUGCUUCAGGGCGGAUGUUCCUAUUGGUGGUAUAUGUGUAUCAAAUAUUCAGUGCAGAGGCUCAAACUACUCUGGUGUUUGCUGGAAUUUGAGAUGUACCUGUAGAGCGGGAUGUACUGCCAUACAAAACAGUUGUUACCCGAAUGCAGAAAAAGUGACUUUAGGUGGGUUUUGUCAUUGGAAAUGGCAAUGCACUGGUACUUUUAAUGCAGACGUGUGCAAGGAUAAUAGAUGUACCUGCAAGAGUGGUUUUAUAUCACACAACCAAAGAUGUUUUCAAGCUGAUGUUCCUAUCGGUGGUCUAUGUGUGUCGGAUAUUCAGUGUAGAGACGCAAACUAUUCUGCUGUAUGCUUGAAAUGGAAAUGUACAUGUAGAGAGGGAUAUACUGCAAUACAAAACAGUUGUUUUGAAGGUAGCGUGGCUUUUGGUGGGUUUUGUCAUUGGAACAAGCAGUGUACUGGAAGUUUAUAUGCAGACGUGUGCAAGAAUAAUAGCUGUGUCUGUAAGAGUGGCUAUAUAUCAUACAACCAAACAUGUUAUCAAGGUAACGUAGCUAUUGGUGGGUUUUGUCAUUGGAACGAACAGUGUACUGGAAGUUUACAUGCAGACGUGUGCAAGAAUAAUAGCUGUGUCUGCAAGAGUGGCUAUAUAUCAUACAACCAAACAUGUUAUCAAGGUAAUAUUAUAUGCAUUUCAACAUAA